UUGCUAUUGGUGGCGUUGCUGUCGGAUGCGCGAUCAUCUGUUCGUGAGUGUGCUGCGCAGUGUUUAGAGCGUCAAGUGAGUCGCUCCCCCAAGUUUUGGGGUGCUGAUACUACGAAAGCGCUCGUGUCGAGUCUGGUCUUUCUUGUAUCUCAGCAGCCGUCUGCUAAUACUAAGCCAGCAUCAGCACGCCAGUACGGCCAGUGGAUGACUUCGUGCUUGUAUUCUUUGGCUGGACUGGCGGCCACAACAACUGACACUAUGCGGAUCAUUCUUCGACUGAUUGACAGUAUGAAUGGCACUGCAAAGAUGCGGUCUAUGGCGCUUAAACUCAUGUUUGAAGUGUGGCGGAACGAGUCUCGAGUAUUCCCACGACUGGAAGCCAUGCUGCUUGAAUCAACGUCACCAGACGAAGAUAUUGAGCGUCACGUCGUGAAGAUGGCUACGAUUAAAGCUCUAUGCGAGAAGGACCCGGAGCUGGGUGUGCAGUUCAUUUCUUCCAUCCAAGGGUUUCUCGAAGACGAGUUGCAGUCAGUGGUUGCCAUGGCUAUGGAUGCGAUCACCGCCUUGUGUGGAGCGGACUGCUUGGACUUUUACGUGGCGUUCAAGAUCAUAUCGCAGAAAAUGCGUAAGAACAAGGUGACUUGUACUGACGAGCCACUCUUCCAGGAGCGUUUAUGCUGCUUUUACGCUCUUGGUAGUGCCGAGUGUACAGCGAACGAAAAGAACGCGUUAAAACUGCUCAACCAGGCAUGGGAGUUUGCAGACAGCGAACAUUCAAGUGUGCGGAAGGCCGCUUAUGCGGCGAUGUGCAAGUUCCCGCUGGAUAUGCUUGGACUAUGCAUGCCGGAUGAAGCCGAUACAGGGCAGGAUAGUGAUGAUGAAGAUCAAAUGACGGAGGAGGAAGUUGAGGAACAACUGGAUGAUUUAAUGCAGCGUCUUCAAAGUGAACACGUCGCAGAUGUUCGAGCUGAAAUCGAGAAGUUGAUGGCGAGGGUUAUUAAAAAUGAGAGUAGUAAACUCACUGCUGGCGUUGGACGAGGACAGCGGAUGGCGUCUGCAGCGUCACAGCAGAACUCGCAACAAAGUGGCUCGAUUUCGAUUGUUUCAGCUGCAGCUACGAAGGAGAUGAAGGCGCUUCUUCCAUCAAGAGCAGAGGUGCAGUCCAUGUUCAUUUCGUCAGACACAACAGACUUGAGUGGCUUUCUGCUGGCUUAUCAGCCAAAGGCGGUGAUUGAUACAAAGAACGUCAAGCGGAAGGACAAACUGGUGCGUCUUGCAACUCAAAAUGUGGACGAGCUAGUGGAAACAGUCACGACUGUGCUGCAGUCUAUGGAACUUCCGUGGGCAUCAACGGACGCAGAUACAGAUGAAUAUUGCAAGGUGUUCUUACGUACUCAAGGUUUGAUGGAGGGAUGGCGAGGAUUUAUGUCAACCUCUGUUCUUGGCGCUAUUGCUCGUUCUGCGGACGGAUUUUACGUGUCACAAAAGAAGAAAUCGUUCGACGUUGAGAUUCGCACUCUCCCGUCGAGUAGUUUGUUGGUGAAGACACUGGAAUGGCUGAGACAGACGAAUCCGUUGAAUGAUAGUGCUUCUCCUGUAGCUGGAACUAUCUCGGAAACAAGUGUAGCGGUGUCCUUGCUAGGCUGCCUGACAUCGACGGGAUCUGUGCUGCCAUUACUGGAUUAUGCCUCGUUAACGCAUCGCGUGAUGUUGCGGUUUUGCUCGAUUGGAACGAGCGUCGCUUGUGUUAAAUUCGCUGCUACUCAAGGGAGUUGUGACGAGCUUUUAGCUGGCGAAUUGCUCUCUAGCAGAUGGUUUGGAAACGCCGACGCAGUUCUUCAAGCUGAGUUGAUCUCGUGGAUUGCACACGCAGCUACCCGCGUUCCGACCGAUGUGCUACGGGCUCAAUUAACAAGUAUCUUCGAUAUUCUCAAGGAUAUCUGGCGCCGUGAUACGUCUAGUAGUGCUAGCAUCCUCCUCUUCGACAGCUGGACAGUUAUGUUACACGACAUCCUGGAAGCCAACUCAACUCGCCGUAUUCCUGAGAGCUCGGUGACAAUGGUGAACGAGGUUAUCCUGGAGAAAAUGAUUGUGGAGAUUCCAUUCGGACCGCAUGCUUCAUCCUUUGUAGAGCAAUUCGCUACACGUGUUCUAUCGAAGGUGGACUACGGUGAACGUGGCUGUGCUGACACGUUCUUGAUGCCGGCAGGAUCAAAUUCUUUUACGUGGAGCUGGUGGAGAAAUGGAAUUGUCAUCGUUCAACUAGCGAAGCUCAACGUUCUAACCAUCACAAAGCGUGUGGCAUCACUGGCAUUCCAGUGGAUUUUGCGUCAUGACUUUGAGGAAUGGACGGACGAUGAACUCGUAGAUACAUGCUUGCAUCCACUUGUCGCCGAAAUCGGCGCACUUAUUGCCCAACACACAAAGCCUGCCGAGACCGUUUCCUCGCUACUGGAUGUGAUCGAUGCUUUCAGUCGUGGGAUGUCUACUCUUGACACAUCGGUUCACGCGAUUAUUGAACGCCGUGCAUUAUUUGAUAUGGUGGCAAACGUGUUGUCCUGGAAGACGACAUUGAUUCACGAACAAUACUUGCGAAAAAUUCCGCGAUCCGACAUUGCUGGCCUGGACAUUUCAAUCGAUUUGCUACCUUUUGGAUUAAUAGCAAGCGCUCAGAACUCGAAAGCGGUAUCGGCAUUGGGUGAGAGACUGCUUGCAUUGCUGCAGCAGAUGACCGACGUCACAGUGGACACCGCGGGGUACAUUGCCGCUUUACAGGGGUGUAGCCGGCAGAUCUACGUAGCAGCGGACAGGUGCUUUAUCUCCAGCAUUGUGGCUGGGGAGAUCCGCGAAUUGUGGAGUCUUGAAAGCUCCGACGACAACAGUUCUAUCUAGUCCUGAUACGUUUGCAUCCACGUGUAUAUACCAACGAAGUAAAAAAA